AUGAGUGACAAGUCUGACAUCGCAACAGAAUCACUGGCGUCUCCGGCUGACAAGCGUCAUCUUUUCCCGGUACAAUAUAGUUAUAAUUAUCUAGACAGCCUACCCGAGUUCUUCAGACUUCCUAGUCUAAAGCUGAACGAUGCUUUCCACGAACAAGCAGCCUGUUCAGCCUCGUCAUUUCUCAGCACCAACGCUAUAACAAUUUCACCCGAGGCUGCAGGCCUCCCUCGUUGGACUGCCCUCAACUGCUUCCGCCAAAGUAAGCACUGGAAUGCUGCUCUAGCCGCUGGCAUCGAGCAACUUAAGCUAUUCGCUGCCGACGACUUUUACGGUGAGCGGACAAGGAAAGGACAAUCGUUUCGCCAGGUCUCAAGCAAGCUUCUACAAAAUGCCGAGAAUGGAUUCCUCAGGUUCACACUAUACAUGUUCCCAGAGUGCGACGAGCACAAGGCCAAGUUAAUGGCGAUUGUUAUGGUUUAUGUCUUUGUGUUCGAUGAUCUCUGGGAGGCCCAUGAAGAUACAAAGGAAGGGUUCAUUUCGCAUUUACGAACUCAAGCUCCCGCCAGGACACCACUCCAGAUCUCGAUUGAAAAUACUAUUCGGGAUCUUCAGAGCUAUGCAGCAAGAGGCGGCCAGGACGUCAUUGAUAUGCUUGUUGAAUUCUGUGCGCACCCUCCGCCACCACCCGCGCAGUUCAUCAACUUGGAUGAGUUCCUGGCCUAUCGUCGAGACGACGCUGCGGUGAGAUAUGUCCUAGCAUGCACCAAGUUUUCAAUCGGUUCGAGCAUCGAAAUCAACAGCCCUAAGCUGCAGACGCUGGUGCGGCUCUUCGGAAACCACAUCGUCUAUGUGAACGAUCUCGGCUCAUAUGAGAAGGAGAAGCUAGCGUAUGACGAAGGCAAGGUCGAGUAUUUAAUAAACACGGUACACAUGGUUGAAGAGCUUCUUAGCGUACCCGGACAGGGAAAGACUGUUACAUACGGCUUGCAACUGCAGGUUGAGUGUGAUAUUGAUGCAGAAAUCGGGCGGCUCAAGGAAGAGCUUAUGGAUGAUGAGUAUGACUUUGUCAUGGCUUGUGUGGCUACGCUGGCAGGAAACGUGCUCUGCUCAUCUAUCAUGGACCGAUAUGGUGGAGAUAAGGCGAAGCUUGCUUAG